GCUGCGGCUGCGCUCAGUGCGCUAGGUUCCGAGGAAUCGGAACCGCCGCCAAGACCCGGCCCAGACCUCGCGUCAACACCACCCGACGCCGACAAAAUUUCGGCCCCGCCAAACGGACCAAGCCUCGCGUCGUCACCCGAGGCGCGGUGUAACGAAUUGCGCCCAAUUGUUCAUCGGGGUAUGCGUCGGGCGCAGUCCUAACCUAUCAGCUACGCAACUCAGUCGUCAACCUCGUGAACUUCGAAGAUGGCCGCGUCUCUCUCCCUGGCCUUCAGGCCCCGAUUGCUGCUUCUCGUGCGGCCGCAACCAGCUCCUUGCAAAUGCGCCGCAACGCAAGCCCGCCUGCUCUUCCGCGCCCGCUUUUCCACCUCACGCCUCCUCCAAAAAAUAGCUCGUCCGUCCCGGCCAGCACCGAAACCCGCCGCAAAGCCCGCGGCCCCGGCAGGCCCCAAGACCGCCCCAGCCCGCACCGCCCCUGCUGCCGUCGCUGGCUCCGCAACAUCACAGGCCGCCCGCCUGCCUUCCACAUACGCCGAGCAGCUCGCCCAGAGAGGGCGCACGCUGCUCUACGAGGCGCCCUCGCACUUCUGGUUCCGCGCCGGCUGCUUCUCCUCGGCAACCUUCUGCAUCUCGUACACGGUCUACCAGUACUGGACCGUGAUCCUGCACCCGCCCGAGGGGCUGAUGUGGUGGGUUCCGCACGCCUUCGGCCUCAUUCUGGUCUUCAUGGCCGGCAUGGGCACCUACUUCGUCAUGGGCGCCGGCCGCAUCGUGCGCUCCAUCGAGGCGGUGCCCGCCGCCGCCGCUGCCGCCGCCGCGGCGAAGAAGAUCGCGGCGGGCGGCGCCGCCCAGACGCCGCCCGUCUACAUCGAGGUGGCGACCCGCCGCGUCGUGCCGUUCAUGCCGCCCAAGAAGAUGCUGUUCGCCCCCGAGGAGGUCCAGCUGCCGUUCAGGAUGUACACCCUGUAUGCGGCGAGGAACGGGGCCGACGCCGCGGCGGGCCAGAAGCCGUUGGGGCUGGCGGAGCGGGUGCGCGCCGAGCGGGCAGCGCGCGAGGCGAGGACUGCGGCGAGGAAGUACGCCAUGGAUCACAUCCUGACGGCGCCGUUCCGCGACGCGGCCAAGGCGUUUGGCACCGCCUGGGCCGGCAUCAAGCGCUCGUUCCACCGCGAGGGGUUUGCCAAGAUCAAGUUGGGGAAGGAGGAGUACAAGCUGGAUGUGACGGGCGGCUGGGCGCUGGAUGAUGGGCGUGCCAUGGACAGACUGUUGCCGGUGAGGCCGAAUGCCUUGCGGUAGGAGGGUCCGUGGGGUGAAUUGGCGGGGCUGUAUGAUGCGGUGUGUAAGGUAGUUCUAUGUGCGUGAUACCAUUUGGAUGCAUGUAUAUCUUCGCCAUCCUUCGCUUCGGCCAACCGAGCGCAAGUCCUCAACAGGACAGUGCGUCGCUUCACAUCUGAUUGAGGUGAGGUUUGGAGAUGAACGCGGGUUAAGCGCUCAGUCGUUGUAUAUAUCUGUCCCAUUCAAGGCGGCUCGAUCGGUUGCCCUCUGUCUACGGUACAGGCGUCGAAACAAUUCAUCGGCAUGCAUAAGAAGCUGGUACGCUCCUGUCCCGGCGAACUUCUGCAACAAUGCCGCAUAUCAAUGCG